AGGAGCUGAAACACGCUUUGGACGAUAGAUAUCCAAGAGAGAAUCAAACCAACAUCGAUAAAUAUGGUCAUAUCGAUAAAUAUGGUCGACAGUGGAUGACCGUCGAGGAGCUCGAAUAUGACGCAUCGUUGAUAAAAGAGACAAAUGCUACGAUAUGGAACUUAUUCUGGUGGAAUCUCAUACUUGCCAUUCUGCUCAUACCUAUCCUCAUUUUGGUUCAUUGUGAUGCUGUGGAGGGGAAUCUUGCUAAAUUAGUCUACAGGUGCUUAAUCUGCUACGGAGGUAUUCAGGGUAUUCUUGUUGGUUGUCUGAUUUUCUGCAUUGCUCAAUUCCUAUAUCUGAUUCAUCCCUUGCUUUGGGGAGCCGCCAAGUUUCCAGGCGUAAGACUGCUUCGGAAAUUUCAGAUGGUAGAUAGGCUAUUCUUGCAAGCUUACCCUCGGGAUGAAUAUCAGAUUAACGCAAUAAAGGAGCGAUUUGCGUGCGAAUUCCAACCACAUGACGUGCUCGUGCAAUUUGAUCUGCAGCAACCAUGCAUACCAAAGAUGAAGAAUUCACUCUUUCCAACUUAUACUGUACUUCUGUUG